CGGGGCGGGGGACGGCGGGGGGGGAAGAGAAAAAUCCGUUCCCGGGGAAGGGCCUGGAGAGGAGCGCGAGGAUCGGGACCGCUCGCAAGCAUCCGACCUGUUGAAGGCAUCGAUCGAGGGCCGGGGGCUGUGCCCGGGGCCGGGGGACAAAGCGGCAGUGGGUGCGGAGCGAGCGGGACUUGGCGCUUGCCCGUCGAGAUGGUGUGGCCGACGCGGUGAAAACGGCCUUUGUCCAACUUUUCUGAUGGCGGGAGGCCGGUCGGCACGGCUCUAGCGGGAAGGGCUCCUGCGAAAACUGCUCGAGUAAUGCUGGGAAGUGAAGGGGGUGUUGCUGGAGUCCUGCAGAAGCUCCUUGAAGAGCCAUAGUUAAAUGCUGCCUUUGAAGUCCCUGGAGCAGGAAGGCAGGGGUAGAUGUGUGCUGGUGCAGGUUCCCCAUCCUCGUGGAACGACACAAGGAAGGCUUUGUGGCCUUCUCUGUGGGUGCAGAUGUCUCCCCCUUCUCCCCUUUGAUACUGCAUGUGCCAUAUGCAGAGAAUCAUUAUUUCUGUGGGAAGGCCUCUGUGCUUUGAUUUGGGAAGAUACUAAAACAUUCCAAGAAAUCUCUGACCAUUUCAAGGGAGUGGUGUGUGUUUUUUGGAGAUGGUGGUAUCUACAGAGAAUCUUCAUGGAUUCUAAUGCUGGCAUCAGUGCAAGAAGAGUGGCAGGAAUGGGUUGGCUCUGGGUGGUCUGCUUCCUUCAUCUAGUCACCUCGCUAGAAGAAAUACUUCUGGAUACAACUGGAGAGACUUCAGAGAUUGGCUGGACCACCCACCCUUCUGAUGGGUGGGAUGAGGUAAGUGUCCUGGAUGACAAGAAGCACCUGAUCCGGACCUUUGAAGUCUGUAACGUGGCUGAACCAGGUCAGAAUAACUGGUUGCGUACCCACUUCAUAGAGCGACGUGGAGCCCACCGAGUCCAUGUCCGCCUCCGUUUCUCAGUGAGAGACUGUGCCAGCAUGCGCACUGUAGCCUCUUCUUGCAAGGAGACUUUCACACUCUACUACCACCAGUCGGAAGCUGACAUAGCCUCUCAGGAACUGCCAGAGUGGCGUGAGGGCCCCUGGACCAAAGUGGAUACUAUUGCAGCCGAUGAAAGCUUUUCCCAGGUGGACAGCACUGGGAAGGUGGUAAAGAUGAAUGUUAAAGUACGUAGCUUUGGGCCACUCACCAAGCAUGGCUUCUACCUGGCCUUCCAGGACUCAGGAGCCUGCAUGUCCCUGGUGGCAGUCCAAGUCUUCUUCUACAAGUGCCCAGCUGUGGUGAAAGGAUUUGCCUCCUUCCCUGAAACUUUUGCUGGAGGGGAAAGGACCUCACUGGUGGAGUCACCAGGGACGUGUGUACCAAAUGCUGAAGAGACAAGCACAACUGGGUCUUCAGGUGUUCGGUUGCACUGCAAUGGAGAAGGGGAGUGGAUGGUGGCCAUUGGACGAUGCACCUGCAAGGCUGGCUACCAGCCUGUUGAUGAUGAACGAGCCUGCCAAGCCUGUCCCCUUGGUUUCUUUAAAGUAUCUGUGGGAGAUGACCCCUGCUAUCUAUGCCCUGCCCACAGCCACGCUCCACUGCCAGGUUCCAGUGAAUGUGUUUGUCAGAACCACUACUAUCGAUCUGCUUCGGACAAUUCUGAUGCUCCCUGCACUGGCAUCCCCUCUGCUCCCCGUGACCUUAGCUAUGAAAUUGUUGGCUCCAACGUGCUCCUGACCUGGCGCCUCCCCAAGGACCUGGGUGGCCGCAAGGAUGUUUUCUUCAAUGUCAUCUGCAAAGUAUGCCCAGCAGGGUCCUCAGGGCCUUGUGUGCGCUGUGGGGACAGCGUACAAUUUGAACCACGCCAAGUGGGCCUGACAGAAAGUCGUGUGCAAGUGUCCAACCUCUUGGCCCGUGUGCAGUACACCUUUGAGAUCCAGGCUGUCAACUUGGUGACUGAAUUGAGUUCAGAAGCACCCCACUAUGCCACCAUCAAUGUUAGCACCAGCCAGUCAGUCCCCUCUGCAGUCCCUAUGAUGCAUCAGGUGAGUCGUACUACCAAUAGCAUCACACUGUCAUGGCCUCAGCCAGACCAGCCCAAUGGGAUCAUCCUGGAUUACCAGCUACGCUACUUUGACAAGGCAGAAGAUGAGGAUAAUUCAUUCACCUUGACUAGCGAAACCAACAUGGCCACCAUAUCAAAUCUGAGCCCAGGCAAGAUCUAUGCCUUCCAAGUACGAGCUAGAACAGCAGUAGGCUAUGGCCCAUACAGUGGAAAGAUGUAUUUCCAGACUUUAAUGGGAGGGGAGCGCUCGGAGAUGGUGCAGGACCGACUGCCGCUUAUCGUGGGCUCAGCGCUCGGUGGUCUAGCCUUCUUGGUAAUUGCUGCCAUUGCCAUCCUUGCCAUCAUCUUCAAGAGUAAAAGGCGAGAGACUCCAUACACAGACCGCCUCCAGCAGUAUAUCAGUGCACGAGGACUUGGAGUGAAGUAUUACAUUGAUCCUUCAACCUAUGAAGAUCCCAAUGAAGCUAUUCGAGAAUUUGCCAAGGAGAUUGAUGUGUCCUUCAUCAAGAUUGAGGAGGUCAUUGGAUCAGGAGAGUUUGGAGAGGUAUGCUUUGGGCGCCUAAAACACCCAGGGAAGCGUGAAUACACAGUAGCUAUUAAGACCCUGAAGUCAGGUUACACAGAUGAACAGCGACGGGAGUUCCUGAGCGAGGCCAGCAUCAUGGGGCAAUUUGAGCAUCCCAAUGUCAUCCAUCUGGAGGGUGUGGUCACCAAGAGCCGACCAGUCAUGAUUGUCACAGAGUUCAUGGAGAAUGGAUCACUGGAUUCCUUCCUCAGGCAGAAGGAGGGACAGUUCAGUGUGUUACAGCUGGUGGGCAUGCUACGGGGGAUUGCAGCUGGCAUGCGCUACCUUUCAGACAUGAACUAUGUGCAUCGUGACCUGGCAGCACGUAACAUCUUAGUCAACAGUAACCUUGUGUGCAAGGUGUCAGACUUUGGUUUGUCCCGCUUUCUGGAGGAUGAUGCUUCAAAUCCCACCUAUACUGGAGCUCUGGGCUGCAAAAUCCCCAUCCGUUGGACUGCCCCUGAAGCUGUCCAGUAUCGCAAGUUCACCUCCUCCAGUGAUGUCUGGAGCUAUGGCAUUGUCAUGUGGGAGGUGAUGUCCUAUGGUGAGAGGCCUUACUGGGACAUGUCCAAUCAGGAUGUAAUUAAUGCCAUUGACCAGGACUAUCGCCUGCCACCACCCCCGGACUGCCCAACUGUUUUGCACUUGCUGAUGCUUGACUGCUGGCAGAAGGAGCGGGUCCAGAGACCCAAAUUUGAACAAAUAGUCAGUGCCCUAGAUAAAAUGAUCCGCAAGCCAUCUGCCCUCAAAGCCACUGGCACUGGGAGCAGCAGACCAUCUCAGCCUCUCCUGAGCAACUGUCCUCCAGAUUUCCCUUCACUCAGCAAUGCCCAUGAGUGGUUGGAUGCUAUCAAGAUGGGUCGUUACAAGGAGAAUUUUGACCAGGCUGGUCUGAUUACAUUUGAUGUCAUAUCACGCAUGACUCUGGAAGAUAUCCAGCGUAUUGGCAUCACCCUCGUUGGUCACCAGAAGAAGAUUCUAAACAGCAUCCAGCUCAUGCGAGUCCAUUUGAAUCAGCUUGAACCAGUUGAAGUGUGAUGUUUACACCAUCCUUAUUCCACUAGUCUCAAACUCUGGAAAGGUUCAGGGGAAUUCAGAGGAAUUUUCACUGUAAGAAAAAAGAGAUGUCAGUAUGCUACUUGAAGACUUAAUGCACCCAGAGAGUGCACACUACAUGUCCCGUUCCAUGAACAAAAACAAAGCCUUGUCAUGAUUUGAAAGCAGAGCUAUAUAACUGGUGGCAUUUAAAUGUGGCUGACAUCAUGCAUCGGGAAUGGGUUGGGGGAGGGAAAGUUAUAGUAACAUGGGGAGAAGAUGGAAUAAUAGCUCGGACAGAUCACAAGCACCUGUUGCCUCUUCUCUGCCAACAAAAGGUAUCAGACAAUUUUUAUAAAGCCAUCUGCAGGCUUUAUCUGUGGCUGGGAGCCCAGCAAAGCUACAAAGACAUAAUAAAGGCAACAAAAAAUUACCAUUUUUUUUCCAAAAGGAUGCCAUUAUGGUGUGAGAGAUUAUUACUCAGGUGGAGAUGAGCAUCAGGCUAUCACUUGGUAUGCCAGCUCAGUCCAGAACUGAAGUUCCAGUUAGUGUACAAUAUGUGGUAAGCAAUAAGAUAUGUCACCUGGUAAAGAGGUUGAGAGUAAAGGGCUCAAAAUUCUAUGCUAUAUUUCAUGUGCAGUUACUGGGUCUGCUCUAUGAUCCAGGAGGGAAACUUGCUAAUCCUUUUUGCUGACGCAAGGAACAGCAAGUCCUUGGUGCUACAUAACUCUUUUUAUGGGACUGCAACAGAAUGGAACAAUAAGGAUUCCUAGAAUCCAUCCUCCUGGAUCUGCAAGUGGAGAGGGAAACAAAUAGGUUCUGGUCCUCACAAGCCCAUUCUUAAGAGGACAGGCAUAAGUUGUGAUGUUCUGAAAUCCUGAGCACCCAGAAUUUGGGUUUUGUUUUCUUCUGACCCUCUUACAGACAUUGAAGAACAUGACAAAAAAGUCUGAAGCCCUUUGCUGUUGAAAAAUACUUGCUCUUUUUCUCACCCUAACCAGCUACGUCAAUGUGCACAGGUGAUUGUAUAUUGUUUCUGAAGAAAAUGCAGACCCACGGUAGUCAACUCCAAAUAGACACUUGGAACAAGGGAGGUGAUACUCUUUCACAAGUUUUUGUCAAGAGUGAUCAGGGAAGAGCAUCAGUCCCACAAGUCACUUCAGUCCUUAAAGGAAUAACAGUGUGCUUGGGAUCAGCUAUGUUGUCUGGUAGAGAUGCAUGAGAAUGACCAGAAUGACAGAGCUUAUGACUCCCUUCAGACAGACUAGUACCUGCUUAAGGAGGAGCAGAGCUUCAGGACUGUAUCUUUGUAUCUAUCCCUAGGCAGGAAUAUGAAAACAUGAAGCUGAGCUUGAGAGGUAAACUCAUAAACUAUACACUUGUCUACCUCACCAACACAUUGGAAAGGAAAUGGAAAUGGCCUUGUUAAGCAAGAGCCCAAUGAAGACAUUACAUAAAAAGAUAACCUUCUUUGUGUCUAGAGAGGAAAUAACCCUAGCUGUUCCGAUAUGUCCCCAUCUGUUGGCUCACUGUGAACUAGUCAUGAACUUACUGUAUUUCUCCAGCUGUCAAGGUUAGAAUAGCACAACUUCUGCAGAUACUACUCCUGUACAGAUUUAAGGAUUCUCCCAGUCAACCCAGCAAUUGAAGACUGAGAAGCCACAUUUAAUAUGUAUUGAAGAGUCCCAUAACAUGACAGGAGGUGCUCCAGAAUAGUUGCACUAGAACAGCCAACACAGUUGACUCUUUAUUACACCAUUAGAGCAACAUUAUUGUUAAUUUUUUUUAGUUGACGAGGGAGAAUAGCAGUGCAUUCUUUCAAGAUAUAAAAAAGUCAAUACAAAAACAAUACAAGGAAACGAGAAUAAAACAUUGAUGGCAGUACAAA